ACAAGAUGGCCAAGGGUACCGACUCGUACUGAUGACCCAGCUGAAAAUUUCAAACCUUAAAAUCAUUUAAUUCAUUUCCGCAUUGACAAAAAACACAUUUGAUUUCAGUCUCCUCUUCUUCAUCAUCUUGGGUUUUCCUUGUUCCUUCUCAUUCUGGAAACAGAAACAUAUCUUCACCGAACCCGGCCCCUCCAUGUAGGAACCUGUUGUUUGAGCCUGGAGCUCAAGGUUCUAAUUCGGUGUUGGGGAAAAAUACUAGUAGGCAUACCACAUGCAUCAGAUUGUUGAUUAGUUGAUUUAAACAUGGAUAACUCAAAAUACCAGCCUAAUGAUCAAUUGGGUGUGAACAAGCUGGGAAAGAAUAUAAGGAAGAGUCCAUUGCAACCCAGUUUUACUAAUAAUGCUACAAAGCAGCAACCCCAGCCUCAUGUUUACAACGUAAGCAAGAAUGAUUUCCGAAGUUUUGUACAGCAGCUAACGGGUUCGUCUUCACAAUCACAAGAACCUUUACCCAGGCCUCCACAGAAUCCUCCCAAACCUCAAAGCCAGAGGUUGCAGAAAAUUAAGCCUCCCCCAUUAACGCCAGUCAACUCACCACUCAUUCCUCCUCAGGUCCCGGUCGAAGUUCCAGCCCCAGCCCCAAUACCAUCUCCAGUUCCACUUCCACCACAAGCUGCAGAGUCCCCUAUCUCAGCUUACAUGCGUUACCUUCAAGCAUAUAUCAUCGAUCCAAGUCCAGUAAGAGGCCAAGUUCAACCUCAACCGCAACCCCCCGUCCCGGAUCAGUCUCAAACUCAACCACCCUCUUCUGGAUUACUUCCCAAUCCACCAAUGCCCCCAUUCCCCUCUCCGAGCGGAGUAAAUGGCCAUUUAACACCAAUACCUAAUAUACUUUCCCCAAGAAUGAAUGGACCUGCUUUUUCUCAGUUUCUUUUGCCAUCACCCACUGGUUUCCCCAACUUCUUGUCUCCUCGCUCCCCUUAUCUUUUACUAUCCCCUGGAGUUCAAUUUCCUUCAAUGACACCCAGAUUUCCUUUUUCACCCCGGCCUCAGUGAGGGAUUUUAGGUUCAGGGCCUCAGCCUCCACCUUCCCCUGGCAUGGUAUUUCCACUAUCAAGUCCUAGAUGGAGGGAUCAUUAGUCUAAAACGUAACAAUAUAUUGUCGCUUUCAGGAGUUUCAUGCUUGCUUAGGAAACAUGACCCUUAUGCUGGAAGAAUCUGUAGGAUAGUUUUCCUUUGGUUCAAUAUUUUACCCUUUUGGUUUUUGUCUGUUCUUUUGUUGUGUUGAUUGCCAUUUCACAACAUCGUUUUCGGGCUAAGAUUUUGUUGUGACGACAGCAGCAUUUUGGAAUUAUCAGCUGUAACAAGAAAGACAGCUAUACAACUUGUAAGGAGCUAUGAUUACAGUCAUCAAAAUCGAACAAAGUAGUCAAGCUAGU